GCAUCAGCAUCCACUUGCCCGCCCUCCUGGAAACAAAACUUUCAGCCAUUCGACUCGCCAGAUAACUUCCAAUCAACCCUGGUGCUGUUACCAGCUGUUCCGCUCAGCUCAAAAAAACUCGUGCGCCACCAAAGAAUAUCAGUUCAGCACUAUCUCCGGAAACUUUUGAAGAGGCAUCUCGGCUCAACAGCAUAUAAUAAAAAUGGCUACAUCACCCACAGAACAGCGUGCUGGAAAGCGUCCACGAACCCAAUCGCUUCCUCCCCCAGAGCUCCCGCAGCUGGUGGCCGAGCAGCACCAGCCCAUUCCCUCCUCCGACAAAGAUUCCCGCCGCCUGAUUGUCGUCCUCUCCAAUGCAAGCCUGGAAACCUAUAAGGCCUCGCACUCGGCGGGCCCCAACCGCAUGGGUGCCGCCCCGCGAGAAGAGAAGUACUCUCUGCUCAACAGCGACGAGCACAUCGGCGUCAUGCGCAAGAUGAAUCGCGAUAUCAGCGAUGCCCGUCCCGAUAUCACUCACCAGUGCCUACUUACACUGCUUGACUCGCCUAUAAACAAGGCGGGCAAGUUGCAAAUCUACAUCCAGACCGCCAAGGGUGUCCUCAUUGAGGUGUCCCCCUCGGUCCGCAUCCCGCGAACAUUUAAGCGCUUUGCUGGACUGAUGGUCCAGCUUCUGCAUCGCCUGUCCAUCAGGUCGACCAACUCGCAGGAGAAGCUCCUGCGCGUGAUUCAGAACCCCAUAACCGACCACCUGCCACCCCACUGCCGCAAGGUAACGCUCAGCUUCGAUGCCCCCGUCGUUCGGGUCAGGGACUACAUCGACAGCCUGGACUCCAAGGAGAGCAUAUGCGUCUUUGUGGGUGCCAUGGCAAAGGGUGCCGAUAACUUUGCCGACGAGUACGUGGACGAGAAGAUCGGUAUCAGCCAUUACAGCUUGUCAGCUAGCGUUGCUUGCAGCAAAUUCUGCCACGCCGCCGAGGACUGCUGGGACAUUCUAUAAGGGAAAAGAAACCAGUGUCCCGCUAGCCAGCCAACCACCCAGCCGAAGCGAUGACGUAAAGUUUUCGUGGAGUUACUCCGUUGCGGAUGUAUGAGGCGAAGGUGGCCAGGUCAAACUCCCACUGGAUGAUUAGGGAGGUAUCUUCUUUUUUUCCUUGCUCUGUCCCUUCCCCAAUCUUCGACUUGAGAAGGACCAGGACCGCCAAGGCUCAGGGCCGUGAUACAACAUCGCGGGCUGACGGGCAAAGGCAAAGUUCUCGGUAUACUUGGGGUUGUCUGUUCUUUGCGCUUUCGCUGUUUUUACAACCAAAACAUUCGGGCGUUCAACAACGGAUCCCCAAGACGCUUUCAAGUGUCUGAUGUUGCUGCCAGCUCAACACGGCCAACACUAUUUCCUUUGUACACUUGCCAUAUGUUUUCCCUUUGCCUCAUUCGUUUGCGAUCGUGAACACUGUAAAGACCCCACAUCCUGCCAAAGCUGAGGGCGAGCUUGACACACAACCAUCUGCCUGAUACUGGCAUGUUUGUCCUAGUGAGGUCUCAACGGCACGGUUGAUAUUUGGUGGCCAGUUCAGAAGAUAGGAGUUGGGUCAGCAUUGUGCACUUGCAUCAGCAUUUUCUCCCCGGAGACUAGUGUACACGGAGUGGAAAUCUGGGUCUGUUCACAGAACCACCGAAGACCACCGGGUCAGGUGCCGGAGGGACUUUCUAGGGUGGAGCUACGGAGUUCUGGGGAUGCGAUACUGAAAUGGCGGUGGACAGAUGGGAUUUUGUGUUACUUGCUUUCUCUGUGUGCAGGCCGUUCUGGGCCCGCAGAGAUGACUUGUCACGCUCAAUGUGGUCAAAGAGUUGGAAAGAAAGAAGUGUCGUUGCGAAGGGAGCAAUCUUGGGUAUCCUGUAACAUUACAACGCCAACAAAAAAUAAUUAAAAAGGGUAUGACGAGAAAGCGAGAAAGCAACAACGCAAAGCGUUUCGCGAAAGCAUCACCAAGUCUGACGUCGAUAGGGAGCUUUGGCCGCUUCAGGGACUCUCGAUUGCAUCACAC